AUGGUGAUUGUUGUGGACGUGAGUUCGGGGAUUUCGGGUGAAUUAGAGGAAGGGACUAAUGUUGGAGUGGUUGACGGCCCGGAAUCCAAAACCCUAGUGGAGAAUCCGAGAGAUAAAGGGGUUUUGAGUGAUGGGGCUAGGGUUUUGGAUGUGGAGUCUAGCACUGAGAGUGUAAUUGAUUCAACUAGAAAGGACUCGAUUGAAUUCAGUAAAACGAGGUCCCGGAGUAAUAAAUGGGAAUCGUGGGGGGUCAUGAAUAUGGUUAGGAGAGUUUUGGGUGGGACCCUUAGCGUGGAUGAUGAUGAAGAGGUGGAUAAUGAGAUGCGAAAGGUGAAUACGGCAGAGGAGGAGGUUGUGAGCGAUUCUGAAAAUGGACGUGAGGCGAAUGGGGUUAAGAAGGAGAAGGAUGUGAAGAAUUUGAAUGAGGAGAAUUUAGAAGCUUCUAGAAAUGGUGGACGUAAGGAGAAUCUGGCUGCUGAUACGGACGCGUGGCAGGGUUUGAUUGAGGAGCCAAUCUAUGUGGGUAAAAGUGACGUUGAGAGAUUUGUUGCGGACAAAGAUUCGGUUGAGUUGGUCCUGGAUAAAUGUGAUGCUGAAAGAUUCAUUAUUGGCGACGACGAAUCGGAUGAGUUGAUUCAGGAUGGUUUAGCUAUGGGUGAUGGUUUAAAGGGGGACCCAGAUUUGUUGUCUAACGAAUGGGUACAAGAUGGAAUGGGUUUAAAUGCGGACCAAGAUACGUUAUCCAAUGAAUUGGGUCCAGAUUUGGUGAAUAUGAAAGGCGAUCUUGAUUUGCUAUCUAACGAAUUGGUGCCAGGUGUAAAGGGCCAAGAUACCUUAUCUAGCAAAUGGGCGCCAGAUAGAAUGGAUUUAAUUGGGGACGAGGAUUUGUUAUCCAAAUAUUUGGUAACACAUGGUUUGUUACAAAACAAAGUAAAUGAAGUCGAGGGCCACAAAACGUGUUUAAUACCAAAGACACGUGGAGAACACCAGAUAACCGAAAAGGAAGGAGAGUAUUACGUGUCGGAUCUCGUGUGGGGCAAGGUUAGGGGCCACCCCUGGUGGCCUGGGCAGAUAUUUCUUCCCACAGCUGCAUCAGAUAAGGCAAAAACUUAUUACAAGAAACCGAGCUAUUUGGUUGCGUAUUUUGGGGACCAGUCGUUUGCAUGGAACGAGGGAUCGAAUAUCAAACCUUUUCAUAUGUAUUUCUCCCAGAUGGAGAAACAGAGCAGUUCAGACAGGUUUUGUUAUUCCGUGAGUUGUGCCCUGGACGAGGUCGCUCGCCGGAUCGAGUUCGGGCUGUCGUGUGAGUGCCUGUCAGAAGAAGUUCGUGAUAAGUUUGAAAUCGGGGUGGUUUCAAAUGCCGGUAUUCAUGAAGAAAAGAACAAGGUAUACGGUGGGGACAAUUUAUUGAGUCCAGCUUCUUUUUCGCCUGGGAAUCUCGUGCAUUUUCUGGAAUCUUUGGCUGCAUCUCUGCAGACUGAAAUCAACAGUCUGGAAUUUCUCAUGAAGAAAGCUCAACUGCUUGCCUUCAGUAGAUGGAAGGGUCACUAUGAGCUCCCGAUUUUUGAACAGUACGUUGGGCAGUUGGAAGAUGAUGAUGUUGAGGUGACUGAUGAUUUUUCAUCUAAUAAGAGAAAGUCAACUGCCGGAGAUGGUUCUUCCCAGAAGCGUAGACACCUGUUAGGCGAUAAAGAAUUCCCUACUUUAAAAGAAAAACUUAUAUCUGCCCUGAUUUCCUCUGGCAGCUCGGUUUUACCAAAUGCUGAUGAGAAACCGGUAAAAAGAGCUGCUCGGAGGUCUGUCUCCUCUGGUAAAAACAUCAAAAGCACAAAUUCUAACCCCAGAGUGAAAAAACGGAAAACCGUGUCACCAAUUAUUCAAAUUUGCGAUGGUGUAAAAGGAUGUGAGGAGCCUGAAAUGGUGGAAAUAAUUCCAUCUGGUAUACCUACUCCUGAUGAGAUCCUUUCGAAACUAACCUUGGCUGCGAAAAUUCCCAUACAAGGGUUCAGAGUCAUGGUUUCAGAAGUUGACUUUCUCCGUGAAUUUCGGAAUUCGAUUUGCUUUGAAAAAUCAAGUUCCUCGAAUGCUGAAAUGGAUUCUGUGAUGAAACUCAAAGGAAAAGAGCCAGUCGACUUAGAUACUGCAGAAAGUACAUUUGGAUUUGAAGGAAUUACCAAUGACUCGUACUGGACAGACAUGAUCAUCCAGAGCUCCUCUCAAGAACCUGUGUUGUUCGAACCUAAAAACACUUAUAACAAGGCUGCUCAAGUGGAUAAUACUCUUUUCUUGGAUUUGGGUUCAGAAAAAAUGCCACCAGAUGAAUAUCAGCCGACGGUCCUCAUACUGAACUUCACAAAUUUGGAGUCUAUUCCUUCCAUUACAAACCUGAAUGAGAUAUUCAACAGUUAUGGGCCUCUGAACGAGUCUGAGACUCAGAUAUUAAGCAAAAGCAAGCGUGUGAAAGUGAUCUUCAGGAGGCGAGUUGAUGCUGAGACUGCUUUUAACAGCACUGGAAAAUACAGCAUCUUUGGACCUUCACUUGUCAGUUACAAACUUCGUUAUGCUCCUACACAGCGAAAAUCCCGUGGGACUUCCAAGCGGGCCAAGAAGGAUGGAUCCAACAAAGUAGACACUUGA